CCACCACCUAUCAGACCGACCAAACGUUCGUUGGGGCAAUUCACAUCAUCAUCAUCCUCACAAACGAUCUUUCUCUACCAAAAGAAAGAUCCGAACGUAGUGAAAAGGAGACCGCGAGAAGCAGUGUACAUGACGGGAUCAUAUUCCCCGUCCGUCACUUCUCCCGCCUCCGUUGCCGGUACCGGAAGUCCUAUCCACGCCGCAAUGUCGAUCCCAAAUACUUCCUGUAAUAGUUCCGUUGGCAGUAGUCAACACAGCAGUACGAGUGAAGACGGGAACAACAGUCGAACUUCUUCCCGUGCCAGUCACCGGAGUCGUCGUCGAAGAAAUCGACGUUUGGCGCUACAAAAGACCACACAAGGAGAGGAAUCUUCCUCCGGCUCGUUGUUACAACAACAACAACAAGAACUCCACAAUGGUGUGGAAAGCGCACGCUUUCGGCAAAUCUGGAAGGAUAGUUUUCCAGCCCAUCCACAGGAGGAACGUGUGCGUCGAGACGCUAUGGAUGACCUGACUCGACUACUCGCUCAGUGGGCGGGAACACUAGCCGCUUCGGUAAUGACCUCGACUAGUGGUAUGUCGCGGGAUCAACUCUCAGUCUAUCCGACAAUCGUUCCCUUUGGAUCGUACCGUCUGGGGGUGCACCGACCGGGAUCUUCCGAUCUAGACGUUCUCGUAAUCGCGCCACCACACUGUUCCCGCAACGAAUUCUUUACCAGUUUCGUGGAACUCCUGUCCACCCCCGCUAACGGUAGCCAAAAUACCUUUACCCAGAUUCACGCCAUUCCCACCGCGUACACUCCCGUGCUCAAGUGCCAGUACGCGUCCUCGCUACCCAUGGAUAUGUUGUUUGUCAGUGUGGCCGAUCCCACGAAACUCAUCGCCUGGCGUCAGCAAUCAUCAAUGAAGGCCGACUCGCGGAUGACCCUUCCGCAACACUUGCCCCCGUGGCAGCCGGGAGUUGACGCGGAAGCAGGCGCUGGUGGUUCCAUUUACCCCAAAUUUGAAGAGCCACACACCAAUGAACAAGCAUCGACAACAACAACAACAGCUCUAUACUACCGUAUUGACGAUUCCGACUUGUGUGAUCAAGAUCCUGCGGGAGUCCGCUCCCUCAAUGGCGCACGGGUUACGCAAACACUGCUAGAUCUAGUUAUACCAGUAGGUUUGGAACGUUUCCAAAUGGUGCUGCUUAUGGUCAAGGCCUGGGCUCGAGCUCAGGGUGUUUACAGUAAUGUACUGGGCUUUUGGGGCGGGGUCAAUUGGGCAAUACUUGUCGCCUACGUGUGUCGAGCAUAUCCAGAAUCUUCCAUCGCUGAUACCGUGCAACUCUUUUUUGAGACAUUCGCGAACUGGAAGUGGCCUACGCCCGUGAGCUUGAUUGAUCUGAACGACGCUAGUAUCACGACGCCGCCGCCGGGUGCCGCUGUGUUGCCGUCUUGGAAUCCCGCUAUCCACAUUCGGGACGGUCUCCACGUAUGUCCCAUCCUGACUCCGGCUUAUCCCGUUAUGAACUCAUCCUACAACGUAGCCUUGCCGCAACUCCGUCGGAUGACGGAAGCUUUGCAAUACACUGCCCAUAAGAUUGCUCGUUGGGUGGAUCGAUCACACACCACGUACAAUCGGGGAGUUCCCGUCCGACGCAAAAUUCCGUGGCAUCGACUAUGGAGCCUCAAUGCGGGCUGGGUCUUUCGGCAUCAGCAUUACGUCCACGCAACGAUACGUGCCCCGCAAGGAGAGGCCUUUGUGACGUGGUUCCGUCUCGUAGAAAGUCGUCUCCGCGUACUGAUUUCGAGUUUGGAAACGCCGGACUCGCAUGCGUGGCCCCACGGUCGAUUCUUUUACCGCAACGUCCCAAUCGCUCCAUACGAUGAACUGAAUGGACUUCGUGAAGCGCACUUUUUCAUCGGACUGCGUUUCGCCUCUCACGUGGACACGGCGGAUGUCCGGACCUUGACAUUGGAUUUUUUGCGACAGGUCAACGGUUGGAUUGGUCGGGACAGUUCGAUGGAUCUGAGUCUAGGGCACGUGACCUUGCCAAACUUGCCCCGAUUUGUCUUGGAUGAAAUCGCUCAAGAAGACCAACAGCAGCAAUUGCUACAACAUCAAACGCCGGUUAUCCGCAAGAAGUACCAUGAAACCAGUCCCGCUGCGUUGACGCAAAACGAAACCGCGGUGCCCAGUAAAGAAAACGAAUCACCCGUCCUCAACGCUGCGACGGCUGCCAGUGUGUCUACUCCUGGACCCCCUCCGUUGCGCGAUUUGGUGUCGCCGGCGAAAAAGGGUCGCUUUGGCAGCAUUAGUACUGAUGGAGAUGCGGCAACUGAAGCCAGUUUCGAGGACGAAUACGCAGCCGAAGACGCUUACGACACCCGAGCACUAUUGGCAGAGGCGACUUCCACCGCUCCUGUAACACAACACAGCACCUGUACGUUACAAGAAGGUCUCGAGCACUGGUCCUGACCGUUGUCACCACGAAAUUCACCACCAGCAGGACUAGAUCGGUAAUCGAAGAUGCUUCGAGGUCCAAUUCGCAAUCUACCUAUAGUGGCUUUUGCAAAAGUCGCAAUGGUGUCAACUCGCGAAACCCCUAUAUUUUUUCUUCUCGAAGUGAAUGCAGAUUUUCCUUCUCUAUACGUGAACACAUUAUUGAAAGUUUAUGGUACAUACAAGAUUCUACAACGUGCACUAACUGUAAACACUGAUUCCAGGCAUCGUUUUUC